GGCUGACCUGCAGCGGGCCCUGUGGCGGGUCUGGAGGAACGGUCAGUAGGAGAACCUGGAGUAGACCUCCGGCCCAUCGGCACCGCAUACUCGACGCGGCGUCUACACCCCAAACAUUCAAGAUGCCUUUUGAAACGCAGGCAUUGUCUCAGGAUGAACUCCGCAAGAGGCUGUACCAGACGUUUAAGAAUCGAGGGAUUUUGGACACCCUCAAGACUCAACUUCGAAACCAGCUCAUUCAUGAGUUGAUGCAUCCUGUUUUGAGUGGAGAAGUGCAGCCACAGUCCAUUCCUGUUGAAGGAAGCUCACUAUUAGUUGGGGCUUCUAAUAGUCUUGUGGCUGAUCACCUUCGAAGGUGUGGCUAUGAAUAUUCGCUCUCUGUUUUCUUUCCUGAGAGUGGCUUAGAAAAAGAAAAGGUUUUUUCUAUGCAAGAUCUGCUCCAGCUGAUUAAAAUCAACCCUAAAUCCAGUUUCUACAAAUCAUUGACUUCAAAAAUUCAAAAAGAGAACCAAAAAGGUUUUCUCAUGCAGAUUUUGAUGGAAUUGACAGAAUAUCAUCUAUCCAGGGAAAGUUGUAAUAUAGAGACUCAAACAAGUUCAGCAUUAUUACCUGCUCGUGAAUCUCUUGCUGAAAAACUUCAACUCAUUGAUGAGCAAUUUGCAGAUAUUUAUCCCCAGCGCCUUAAAUUGGAAUCUUUAGAAACAAAGCUCAAUGAAUAUAAGAAAGAAAUAGAACAACAGCUUCAAUCAGAAAUGUCUCAGAAGUUGAAGCAUUUUAAAGAUAUCGAAAUAGCAAGAAUGAGAAUGGAAGAAAAAAGAAGAUUCCAAAAAGAAGUGACUGAAUUGCGGCAAGAAUUUGAAAAAACACACCAAGCAAAAUCUGAAGCUCUGAUUUCUCGAGAAAAGAAUGCUAUUGAAAGACUUCAAAAGCAUCAGGAGAUUGAAGCAAAAGAAAUUUAUGUCCAGAGGCAGGGUUUGCUGAAAGACAUAGAAAUGGUAAGAAGUAGAGAAGUUGAACUGAAGCAAAGAAUUGAAGCUUUUGAAUUAACCCAGAAGCUACAAGAAGAAAAAUAUAAAAACUUAGAAGAAUCCCUGAGAAGAAGGGAGCUGAAUGUGAAGAACAUGGAGGAAGCAUAUGAACAAAGGCUCAAGAAUGAACUUUUAAAGUAUCAGCUUGAAUUAAAGGAAGAAUAUAUUGCCAGAUCUAAUAGAGUAAUUGAAGAAGAGCAAAGGAACAAAGAGAAAGCUAUGCAUUUGCAAGAAGAGGCCAAUGCUAUUAAUUCCAGAAGGGAAGAAUUCAGGGAAGCUAUAAAUCGUGCCAGAGAUCUUGAGCUUGAAUUGGAUUCUCUCAAAGGACAGAUUUUAUUAGUAACAAAACAAAACCAGUUGCUGACUGAAAAACUUAAAGAUACUACUGAUUAUCUCCUUUUGAAAGAAGAGAGACUGGAGCUUCAAGCACAAAAUAAGUUACUGAAACAACAAAUGGAAGAAAUCAGAAAUGAAAACAUACAACUUCAAAGAAGAUUUACUCAGCCAUCAGCUGAGCUCAUAGCUUUACAGAAAGAAUCAAAGAAGGCAGAAAAUGCAAGAAAGCUUGAACAGAAGGAGUUUGAGGCUGAGAAACAAGCCCUGGAAAAACGGCUUCAAAAUGAGGUUGAACGUUGUUCACUCCUGAAGAACCAGAUUUUAGAUUAUGAAGCUUCUACAAGGAGGUUAAAUACGCAGAUUGAAGACUUGAAAUUGCAACUUAGGCAAACUCAGACAGCUUUAGAGAAUGAAGUAUACCGAAACCCAAAGCCAUCGUUGGUUGAUCGCUCAGUCAUUGAUUUCACAAGUGACAAGAUUGUACCUCAUGAUAUUUAUAUAGAUAAUUUCUUGAAGAAUCAGCUCUUUUAUGAUGCUUUUGUUCAGUCAGAAGAUCUUCCAAGGAGCAGGUAUUGCCAGCAUGCCAGAAUUGAGAGUGCUUCUACAGAUACUGACCUUGAAUUUGUAGCUAAUACCAAAGCAAGAGUAAAAGAACUAGAGAAAGAGGCAGAGUACUUAGAAGAAGCCUACAGGAAUUACCAGCAACGAGUUAUUCAAGCUACAAUGAAAAGCCCUUCACCAGCAAGGAGUCAGUCUCCUUCCCUUUUACCAGCAAUUCUAAGCAGUAACAUUCCUGAAAAAGUUAUGUUUGCAGAGGACAAAUUUGUUUCUGAGCAGCUUCCACUCAGCAGUCUAAAAGAUGAAAAGGGUGAUGGGAUGACUGAUAACCAAACUCCACAGCAAAGCAGAGCCUCUUCCCCCAGACGGCUUUCCUCUACUCCACGUCCAAAGGCAAGGAGAAGCCUUGGUAACCAAAUGUAUUUAGCAGGAUUAUACCUUUCAGGUAAUGGGUCAUUUGUUGUGUCUCCCUGUCCACUUAUUGACAAAAUUCCAUCACCAAUUCCAAGGACAAGCCAGCUUUCAUCUGCUGUAUCUGCUCCCAAUAUCUCAGUUGCUUGUUUACCAAGCAGUCAUGAAAAGAAGUCAAGUAAUUCUGAGAAGCGCACUGAUCAAGAUAUAAGUGAAUUUUCAAACACAGAGAAAUCAGGCAUUGAGGUUGUUAAAAAUGAAUCUUCUUUAGAAUAUGGUGGGAACAUUCCAAAGCAACUUGAAAUAGAUGUGUUAUAUCCAGUGGGAGAUAUGGUUCCUACUAACGAUGUCAUAGACACUGUGCCAACAAUAACUACUUUGCAUCAGGACCCAAUAAUGCUAGAUCUAGAAGAACAGAAGACAGAAGAACAAUGGGAAGAGAAACGGAGAGAGAGGGAGGAAAGGCGUCAGAGAGAAAGAUUGGAAACUUUUGAAAGGGAACAAAGAGAACUACAAAAACUGGAUCAAGAAAUGAGAUUACUUGAAGAAUCAUUGAAAGGUGAAGGAGAAAAAGAUAUUAAAGAGUUAGAAAUCAUCGACAAAGAAAUUGUCAACCCUCUAGAGAAAUAUAUGAAAAUCAUACAACAGAAUAAAGAACAGGAAUCAGUAAGUAAGAGCUCAAAAAAGGAGGUUGUGGAAGAAGCAUCAAUAGAAGAAACACUGCUGUCUAAUGAUAAAGCUGACAGUUUGUCAGUUUCUGAUGAACCAGAUGACUUCUGGUGAGAGGUUUGCUUCCCGGACUCAUACUCCUAACAGUGUGAUGUAUCAAGUUUGGGCUCAGGUUUUCACUGUUGUAAGCCAGAAUAUUUAAUAAAGAUUUUACGUAGAAAAUAUAUGUGAGGUUGCAUCUUUCUUUGUGGCAACUGCAUUUCUUAAAGAGCAUUGUCUUCAAGGACUUAUUGAGAAGUAUUUAAUAGGUGCUAUUGGGAUAAAUCAGUAUUUCUCUUCCUCUUAAAAGAAUGAGUAGUUUUGGUAAAAUUAUUGAAGCAUUUUGCCUUACUGUUAAAAUAACGUUUCCAUUUUUCCUAAAGUAACUUUCCCUUUAUAUAGAAGACUAAUAUUAGUUACAAGGCUUAAUUAAGCACACAGGUUAAGUUAUCUCCUGUCUUCAGUGAACAGUUCUCUGAAACAUUCACUUUUAGUGCUAAUCAGUUGAGCUUUUUAAAAAAGUGUGUGUUCCCUAUCCCCCUAGCUUUUUAUAGCAAUAUGUGUGUGUAUGUAUGUAUGUAUAUACACAUACACACCUUUUAAGGGAACUUAACCUGGAACUCUACUUUAAUGUUUAGUAUGUAAUAUUAGAUUAAAAGAAGUUAAUUCUUUCAGAUAACAGCAAAAUUGUAGAAAAACAGCUUUCCAUCAUAAGUACACAAUGUAGUAAAAUUACUUGUCAUAUCGUUUUGUUUUAUUUUCCUCAGGGCUUAAUGAGAAGGUUGGUUUUUGUUUGUUGGGUGUUCAUACCUGUGAUUUCACUGGCCUAUGGGACUCCCAUGGAGGAAACUCCCUCAAUGUAGAUGAGUGACUGCUUGUGACUCAGAGAGUCUCAAAGAGGGGCCUGAGACACAAAGCAGUGAAGCGGUUUGUCAGAGUCACACAUAGUACGUGUCAGUAGAAGGGCUUUAACUUGGAUCAUUCUGACUUAGCUGCCUAUCUACUAUGCCACUUUGCCUUUCUCCUAAUAAAGGGAAUCAUACAGUUAAUUUUUUUAUUUGUAUUUAUUUAUUUAUUUAUUUUUUGGUGAGGCAAUUGGGUUUAAGUGACUUGCCCAGGAUCACACAGCUAGUAUUAAGUGUCUGAGGCCAGAUUUGAACUCAGGUUCUCCUGACUCCAGGGCUGGUGCUCUAUCCACUGUGCCACCUAGCUGCCCCAUACAGUUAAUUUUUUUAAGUGGCUGUUAAAAGAAUAUCCUAGCUUAAGUUUAUAGUAUGGGAAAUUUCACAAAGAAUGGGUCAUCCAUAUACUAGGAAAUACAGAAAACCACAAUAAUUAGAAAAAUAUUGUUGCAUGUAAACGCAAGCAUGUAUUGAAGAAGUAAAAUGUGUGAAACAGCAUGCCAUAUUAAAAGGCUUUCAGAAGAAUUAUCUUUAUCUAGAUCAGUGGCAGUAUGUGUCACUGAUCUAGAUAAAGAUAAUUGCUCUUUGAAUGCCUGCAGAAUGAAUGA